UCCUCCUCUUUCUGCAGCCAUCGACGAAACUUCAAAGCCGACUUCACAGCUCACUAACGUCGGAUUUUAAAUGCUUUCCACACCGGAUGAUGCUGUGAAGGGAGGCAUGUGAAAGUUACUGCGGCUGAUACAUUUUACCGGGACAAUGAGCUCCGGUUUGUAGCCAAAGGUAGACCACUCGAGCUUCUCGGUUCAUCUGCUUGUUGAAGUGUGACUGUCGAUUUAAUCAUGGCUCGCGGCUGCAUCUGCUGUGUUAAAUACAUGCUCUUCCUCUUCAACCUGCUCUUUUGGCUGGGCGGGUGCGGGCUGCUCGGUGUUGGCGUGUGGCUGUCGGUUUCCCAGGGUAGCUUUGCCACGCUGUCGCCCUCGUUCCCGUCGCUCUCCGCCGCCAACCUCAUCAUCACCCUCGGCACGGUUGUCAUGGUGACGGGAUUCCUGGGUUGCCUGGGUGCAAUCAAGGAGAACAAGUGCCUGCUGCUGAGCUUUUUCAUCGUUCUGUUGAUCAUCCUGUUGGCCGAGCUGAUCCUCCUCAUCCUGUUCUUUGUCUACACCGACAAGGUGAGUGAAAAUGCCAGACGGGACUUGAAAGAAGGGCUGGUGCUCUACAACACAGAAAACAACGCUGGACUGAAGGAUGCAUGGAACACCAUACAAGGAGAGUGGCGGUGUUGUGGAGUCAUGAAUCACAAUGACUGGUACACUGCCCUGCAAGUCAACGUGGUUCCUGACCGCUGCUGCCAGCAGAUUUAUGAGGGCUGCGGACGCAACGCCUCCAACGUCUUCUGGACACGGGGUUGCUAUGAGAAAGUAGAGGAGUGGCUGGAUGACAACAAACACGUCCUGGGAACCAUCGCCAUGUGUGUGUUGGUCAUACAGCUCCUUGGUAUGGCUUUCUCCAUGACGCUUUACCAACAGAUCCACCGAGGAGGGAAGAAGUACGAAGCUUGAAGGGAUUUGUGCUCAUUUAAUGCACUCAACCUUUGAUUACAUAAAAUAUAUCUUUUUUUUUUUGCUCAGUGCCACAGUACAUCAUAUCUGUUACAUACAUCUGUUGUUUAUAAUAAUCUAGUUAUCAUGUGUGCCACUAUGAUCUUUUUUCAUUGUUCUGAUCAUUUAUUUUUGUGAAUAGCAUUUAAUCUAGUUUUCUUAAUAUUGCAUCUUUUAUUUUUUAAAUCACAUUAUAUAGUGAGUGUUGUAAAAUGUAAAAUAUUUGAAGAGUAUUGGUCUGUGUCAGUAUUUGGUUUUUAAGCCAUGCCUGUGGAUCCAUUUAGUUAAAAACUAGCAUUGUGUGUCAAUAAAAGCAGAGAGCACUCUUUA